AUGGUAUACCGUUCACGAGUUCCCGAGAUGAUUGAUCUCCUGCGCCAGUGUGGCCGAAUUGAUCUGGAGCCAUGGCUUCGAAGAGGUCUCCAAGCAUACUGGCCAGACAUACAAGCCACAUUUCAUAAUUUAUUGACUCUUGAUCAGCAAACCGAAUUGUUAGAGCGCUUUGUUUUCUCCUUAAACUUCAUUUGUGGUACCCCUUUCCCUGGGGAUAUAGAAUUAGACCACAUGCCUAUGCUUCCAGACCCUGCCGAUGGGGGUUAUUCAGCGCAUUCACCCAAUGACGACUUUAUUGUAUUUGGAAUUCCUCCUUUGUCGAUUUUUGCGAACCAUUUUCGUGCGAUGCAAGCCAGAGAAAGGCGGUUAUAUCAACGGGCAAUGCAAGUUGUACCAACAAUUUCUCAGUCACAUAUUCACGACAAUCGUCGUAGAGCAGAUGGUCCGAGGCUUGAACCUGCUACUUUGAGAUCUGCGAUCUUACGUCCACAAACCGAUGAUAGUCGAGAUCAUGAUGGUCAAGAUGCUCAUGACCAAUAUGAUGAUAGUCAACAGGAUCACGGUCAAGAUGUUGAUCGUCAAGAUGACUAUGGUUCCACCACCCCAAUACUGGCAGUAAAUUCUGCACCGGAAGAUGAUGACAUUUGUCCCAUUUGUCGGGAAGAAUAUUCUGAUGCCCAGCCUCCAGCCUCACUCAUUCCGAACUGUGGGCAUUUUUUCCAUUUGGGUUGUAUGGUGCAGUGGAUUAACUCCGAUCCUAUCGAUGGCCAAUUGAGAGACAGGUGCAUCUGCUGUCGUAGACAAUACACUGGAAUUCUCUCUCAAUUGUAUGGCGAGGUGACUCCACCUCAAAAUGGUGAAAACUUCUGGCGCAAUGACAAUGGACCAUUGAUAAGUGAAGUCUUUCCGAGACGAGUAAUUCCGUCUCCUCGUUCCUCAUCCGACGAAUAUCAAUCAUCGGAAACAACACUGGACGAGAAUAUUGUAUAUGGCACCACGGGUCUGGGCUGGUAA